ACCUCCUUAGUAGGUACAGACCGUAUACCGUUCUGUAUUCAAAACAAAGAUAUUAUCUAUACCUAGUAGUAAAAUCUAGUUUUGUGAAUUUAUUUCAAAUUUAUGAAUAUCUUCCCGAUGAAUAUAAGAAUGGCAAGAAAGGAAAUUAUAAUCAAUACCAUUGAUCUAUAUCACUGACGUAUGGGACAUGGGAAGUGUUUGGAGCCGGUUGGACAUUAAUUAUGCUAAUUUAUAUGGCUCCCCCACGACGCAUUUUAAGACAGCAACAAAAAAUUCUCCUUGAUUUUCUGGAAGCUAAUAAAGAUUUGCACAGAUGCACACGCGAGGAAAUCAAGCAGAAAUGGAUAGAUGUGACAAAGAAACUGAACAGUGUUCCAUCUGGAACUUUGAAAACUCCUCAUUUAUGGAGACGGUACUGGAUUGAAUGGCGCCAUAAAUGUAGAAAAAAAGGUGCUGAUACUCGAAGGUCAGCCUCUGGUGGAGCUUCAAACAGAGUAAUUCCACUUGAUGAAGUGGAAAUUAGAGCCUUGGAACUAAGUGGGAAGAGUUAUAUUGUUAAUACAACUGGAUCUUCUGAAAACAUGGAUAGUUUUGUUGGUGAAGACUCAGAUUCAGAACCCCUGGAUAAUGUUAAGCACAACGAAGAUUCAGAUUCAGAACCCUUGAAGAAUGUUAAGCUACAAUUUUCUACCACUAAUGGGAAAGUCAAGCGGUCUAUAAGGAACUCCAGAACUUCUACAGAUAAUGGUGAGUCAUCAUCACCACCUCCAAAAUGGGCCCUUGAUCUCGAAAAACGGAGGAUAGCAGCUGAGGAACGCAUGGCUACAUCCUUAGAGACAAUAGCAAACUUGAUCAAAGCUCAAGAAGAGAGAAGGAGUAUUCUCGAAGAACGGAUGACUGAUGCACUCACUGCCAUAGCUGGUACACUGCAGGAUCUGAACAGCGGUGUGCAAGAAGCAGUUCAUCAUUUACAGCAAGUUCAUCCAAUAAAAACAAAUGAUAGGAACAUUAAAGAUGAAUUUUUGUAGCAGUGAAUUUUAUGAAAUUAAUUUAAGAUAAACAUGCUGUAAAUAUUAGCAAUAUUGCUUUUUUCGUAAGUCUGUAAACUUAUUUAUUUUUAAUGUGUAAGCUAUCUAUGUAAUAAAAUAGGUGAAAUAAGAGUUAAUGUCUUAAAAAGAUCAAAGACUUUUAUAAAUAUUUCGUUCUAAAAUAUGUAACCUGAAUAAAUAAACAUAUAAUUUUAUA